AUGGAAGAAAUGAACUCGAGGCUAUACAUGGAAAACUGCCACAUGCUGCGAGAAAAUGAAAAGCUAAGGAAAAAAGCUGAGCUUUUGAACCAAGAAAAUCAGACCCUUCUACACGAGCUCCAGCGGAGGCUCUCUGUGGACGGAAAUUCCUCCGGCAAGUCGAAAAACAGAGGAUCGAAGCGAGAAAUCGAUUUGGCUGCGGUUUUCAGUGUAAACCAGUUCCAAAACAAGGACCCUUUUCUAAACCUUCACCCUGAAGUCUCUCUGCUGAGGGGCGAAAACAACUCCACCAUGAUAAACCCAAGCGACUCUUUUUCCGAGAGCUUGAAAGACUUGACCCGUGUGAAUAACUACAAUGAGGCCAAGAUUAAGGUUGUUGGUGUAGGAGGGGGUGGAUCGAAUGCGGUGAACCGCAUGAUAGAGAGUGCCAUGAAAGGGGUCGAGUUUUGGAUAUUGAACACGGAUGUUCAGGCCAUGAAAAUGUCGCCUGUUUUUCCGGAACACAGGUUGCAGAUUGGAGAGGAGCUGACGAGAGGGCUUGGGGCAGGUGGGAAUCCGGAUAUUGGGAUGAAUGCGGCUAAUGAGAGCAAGGAGGCAAUAGGAGAUGCGGUUUUUGGGGCAGAUAUGGUCUUUGUGACUGCUGGAAUGGGUGGAGGAACGGGCACCGGUGCAGCUCCUGUAAUAGCCGGAGUUGCAAAGUCGAUGGGUAUUUUAACUGUUGGUAUAGUUACCACUCCAUUCUCGUUUGAGGGACGAAGAAGAGCUGUUCAAGCCCAAGAAGGAAUAGCAGCUUUGAGAGAAAAUGUCGACACGUUAAUCGUCAUUCCAAAUGACAAAUUGCUGACUGCAGUCUCUCCUUCUACUCCAGUAACAGAAGCAUUUAAUCUGGCAGAUGAUAUUCUUCGGCAAGGAGUUCGUGGUAUUUCUGACAUAAUCACGAUCCCGGGGCUAGUAAAUGUGGAUUUUGCUGAUGUCAGAGCAAUUAUGGCUAAUGCCGGUUCCUCGUUAAUGGGAAUUGGAACUGCUACAGGAAAAACGAGAGCUCGAGAUGCGGCAUUAAAUGCCAUUCAGUCUCCUUUACUGGAUAUCGGUAUAGAGAGAGCCACUGGAAUUGUAUGGAAUAUAACUGGUGGCAGUGAUCUAACGUUGUUUGAGGUUAAUGCUGCAGCAGAGGUCAUAUAUGACCUAGUGGACCCAACUGCCAACUUAAUAUUUGGUGCUGUGGUUAGCAUAACUUUGAUAGCAACUGGUUUUAAACGUCAAGAAGAAAGUGACGGGAGAACCCUUCAGGAAAAUCAGCUGGGGCAAGGAGAUUCGAACAUUGGUCUCAACAGGCGGCCCUCGUCUUUUCUGGAAGGCAAUUCUUUUGAAAUUCCUGAGUUCUUGAGGAAAAAGGGGCGCUCUCGUUAUCCAAGAGCUUAA